AUGAAGGGCGACAUGGAGGCGUCGCUGGCACCCACGCUGGGAGACCCGGCCAUCCAAUGUCGGGACGUGUGCCGUUCGUAUGGAAAACUUAAAGUUCUGAACAACCUCAACCUCACUGUGCCACAGGGGCAAAUCUACGGCCUUCUGGGCCCAAGCGGCUGUGGCAAGACCACCAUGCUGAAAUGCAUCGUGGGAACACUCACCAUCUCCCAUGGUCAUAUCAGCGUUCUGGGGAAGCCGCCGGCAUUUCCCGGCCAUGGCGUGCCAGGCAGGAUGGUGGGCUACAUGCCACAAGAGCUGGCCUUGUACAAUGAGUUCACCAUUAGCAACACGCUUUACUUCUACGGGCGAAUCCACGGACUGACGUUAAGGGAAACCCAGGCCCGUAUCAACUUCCUCGUUGAGUUCUUGGAUCUGCCGCAGAAAGACCGACUGGUGCGCAAUCUUAGUGGUGGGCAAAAGCGUCGGGUGUCCCUGGCGGCAGCGCUCCUUCAGAAUCCCGAACUGCUUAUUCUUGAUGAACCCACAGUGGGAGUGGACCCCGUGCUCCGGGCCAAGAUUUGGCAGCAUCUGGUGGACAUUGUUAAAACAGGCAAAGUAUCCGUCAUCAUCACCACGCACUACAUCGAAGAGGCCCGGCAAGCCAACGUGGUGGGCCUAAUGCGUAACGGCUGCUUGUUAGCUGAAGGAACUCCAGAAGCAGUCAUGAAGAUGCAAAACUCCACCACUCUUGAGCACGCCUUCCUGCAACUGUGCGAAACUUCGGACCAGACGAGCGUUAAGCAAAGCUCUGCUUCGCAAGACGACGUGUUGGGGAACAGCCAAUCGUUUGAGAGCGGGCGUGACGAGAGCCAGCCCAUUCUCAACAAUGUGACCAAAACCCCCUUAGAAGUCGUCACCCAUACAGUGGACUGGAAAACACGGGUGAGACAUGUGAUCCCCAAGUGGAGAAACAUCACUGCUCUCACCGUCAAAACUUUACUGCGAAUGAAGCGGAUGCCAGGCGCCAUUUGUUUCCAGUUCCUGCUGCCCGUCAUCCAGAUGUCACUCAUCUGCUUGUGCGUGGGUGGAGACCCGAAGGGGAUCCAGGUUGCCGUGGUCAACAAUGAAACCUCCCCCUUGGCUUUUAGCCAAUCGCUGCUCUCCUUUUUGGACAACAGCAGUGUGGAGCAGGUGAACUUGCCUCACGCGGAGGCUUUCCAAGGGAUCUAUGACGGAAAAUACUGGGCCGUCAUCGGCUUUGAUCAGAACUUCAGCAACUGCAUUAUGAAAAGGAUGUUAAUGAAGAAUGUGUCCAAGGAGGUGAUAGAUGGAGGUUCUGUGCAUGUCUGGCUGGACCAGACCAACACACAAAUUGCCAUGAUUCUGCAGAAGAAACUCUACGCGGCUUUUCAGGAUUUUGUGGAGGCCAAGCUUGGCAGCAUGUCCUACAAGUAUGCUUUACCAAUAAAGUAUGAGGAGGCCAUUUACGGCAGCCAGAACAUCGACUUCACUACAUUUGUGAUGCCGGGCGCUGUUCUCAGCAUCACCUUCUACUUGGCUUUGGGUCUGACUGCCCUCUCUUUCGUCCUGGAGAGAAAAGAGGGUCUUCUGGACCGCUGUUGGGUCGCAGGCGUAAGUUCGCUGGAGACCAUGCUUGCACAUCUUUUCUCUCAGCUCUUCGUCAUCAGCGUUCAGAUUGUCCUCAUGCUGCUCUUCGUCCUUCUUGUCUUCAAGAUGCCAAACGAAGGUUCGCUUGUUCUGAUCGUGCUGCUGAUCGUGCUGCAAGGCAUCACCGGCAUCUCAUUUGGCCUGGUCAUCUCAGCCGCCAUCGAUGACGAGCAGAAUGCCAACCAGGCGGCGUUGGGAAUCUUCUACCCCAACUUGAUCAUGAGCGGUAUCAUCUGGCCUGUGGAGAGCAUUCCCUACCCGCUGCGUUACCUCAGCCUGGCCCUGCCACAAACCUACGCCUCGCAAGCACUGCGAUGCAUCAUGUACAGAGGUUGGGAUCUGACUCACAUGAUGGUUUGGCGAGGCUUUGUCGUCACUCUGGGCUGGAACACUUUCUUCAUCGUUGUGGCAACCCUCAUCUUGAAGCUCAGGAAGUGA